AUGAAGAACGCCUUUGCGUCGGCCUUUGUACUAUCUAAAGGCAACUCCUUCUGGUGCUUUACCAGUGCUUUCGGCAGCAAAAUAAUGCCCAUGCGCCACGUUUUUACUCUUUGUAAAACCGAACAGACCCCUAUUAUCCCCCAACCUGCACAUUCGUCCGACCACGAUAAUAUGGAGCCAGUAACCCAGGGAGCACAACCAAAUGGAGUGGAGGUGCUAGCAGCCGCGCUGGGAGAAGAACUGAAGGAUUUGACUGGCGAGACCGCCGCUGCCGCCGGUUACAAGAACCGUGCUUUGGUUUAA